AUGUUUGGUAAGAGCUUUUCAUUUGCUAGAGAUUUUGGCUUUUGCGGUUGCUUUGGCUACACAACAAAGCCCAAACGGUCGAGGUCCCAUUGCAGGCCAAACUCUCAGGACCUUUUUUUAGGUGAAGAAAUAGAAGAGGAUAGUUGUUUAUAUAACGAUGAUUUUACGAGCACUUCUCAAGUAGAUGAGGUUGAGCCUAUAAGCCGUGCCAAGCGUUCUGAGGAGAUUUUGAGGUUCAAACUCAACAAUGGAAUGAUUUGCAGGCAAUUUAUAGUUAAGGAAACCAACAGGAUUAUUCGCUCAGAGGAUGAAGAUGGGAAUAAGAUGGUUAAUGAAUAUGUGCGUGAAUAUAGGAUUGGUUCUGGCAGCUAUGGAAAAGUGGUUCUAUAUCGAAACAGUGUAGAUGGGAAACACUAUGCUAUUAAGGCUUUUCAUAGGUCUCAUUUGUUAAAGCUACGGGUUGCUCCAUCAGAGACUGCAAUGACUGAUGUUCUUUGUGAGGUUCUAAUUAUGAAAAUGUUGGAGCAUCCCAAUAUAGUAAAUCUCAUUGAGGUGAUUGAUGACCCAACCACGGAUCAAUUUUACAUGGUUCUUGAAUAUGUGGAAGGAAAAUGGGUUUUGGAAGGUUCUAGUCCUCCUGGAGCCAUUGGAGAAGAUACUGCUAGGAAGUAUUUGCGAGAUAUAGUAUCUGGGCUUAUGUACCUCCAUGCACAUAAUAUUGUGCAUGGAGAUAUAAAGCCUGAUAAUUUAUUGAUUACUAAAACGGGUACGGUGAAGAUAGGAGACUUCAGUGUCAGCCAGGUCUUUGAGGAUGAUAAUGAUGAGCUUCGUCGUUCUCCUGGGACUCCUGUUUUCACUGCACCUGAGUGCUGCCUAGGCUUAACGUAUCGAGGAAAAGCUGCAGAUACAUGGGCUGUAGGAGUUACGUUGUACUUUAUGGUACUGGGAAAAUAUCCGUUUCUCGGUGAAACACUACAGGAUACGUAUGAAAAGAUUGUUAAUAACCCUUUGGUUCUGCCAAAUGACUUGAACCCAGAGUUGAGGAAUCUACUAGAAGGACUUCUUUGCAAAGCCCCAAAACAGAGGAUGACUUUAAAUGCAGUAGCAGAGAAUCCCUGGGUUAUAGGAGAAGAUGGACCAAUCCCCCAAUACUUGUGUUGGUGUAAGCGUAAUAGCUGCCACAGGGAAGAAUCUAAUUGCAGAAAUGGUACUCACCAGUCGGAAGCUAACUAGAUUAAGGACCGGUUUCGGUUUGCUGUACAGUGGCUUUCUUUUUUUUUUUUUUUUUGACCCUAUUCGUUUUGCACCAGAGGCACCAUGUUUAUUAAGAUUUACUAGGUUCACUUUUGUGCAAGAGGGUGAAUUUGUGAGACUUGUCUUUAACUCUUCAAGCCUCCUUUGGACAUGAGACAAGCCUGCCCCAACAUUCUUAACUGGGAACAACAAAACAA